AUGGGAAAAUCAAAGCCGGCAUGUUUCAGGAUCAUCGGCUGCGGGGGUGAUUCUGUCGAGCAUGACGAUCUCCAAACUCCCGAAUGUGUUACAGAGGCCAAUGUGGAUUUGGUUUUCCUUGUUGCUGUAGUUGCUUUUUUGGGUUCAUUUACUGGUGCAUCCUUUGAAAUGUCUAGUAGGCUUAUAAUUGAGCAGAAAGAAGAGAAGACCAUAGAAAUUCUGCAGAAAGAAGAGACGGCCACAGAAAUUCUGCAGAAAGAAGAGAAGACCACAGAAAUUCCGCAGAAAGAAGAGAAGACCACUGAAAUUCUGCAGAAAGAAGAGAGGAUUGAGUUGCCUUGCCUUGUCAGUCAAGCAUCCAGAGAGAAUGACUUGGGAGCAGAUGCACCUCCUGAUGAGCACUGUAUUAUUUUAAUCCAGACUGCUGUUAGGGGGCUGCUGGCUCGACGAUAUCUGUUGAAGCAAAAAAGUGCAACCAAAUUGCAAGCUGUUGUCAGAGGACACAUAGUUCGCAGCCAUGCAGUGGGAACUCUUCGGUGUGUACAAGCCAUCAUUAAAAUGCAAGCUCUUGUUAGAGCACACCAUCCCCGUUUACAGAAUAAGAAAGAAGCCAAAGCAAGUCAGCCACACACUUAUGUAUCCAUUGAGAAGCUUCUUAGUAAUGCCUUUGCUCGUCAGCUCAUGGAAGCUUCACCAAGGACCAAACCUACGAACAUCAAGUGUGACCCCUCAAAACCUGACUCAGCUUGGACAUGGCUGGAGAGAUGGAUGUCUGUUUCAUCAGUGAGCAAUGAAGAGCCACAUGAGACUGAAGCAGUGGUGGAGAAACAAAAGGAUAAUCUUGGACAUCCUGGUCGCAACGAAGAGUACCCUUCAGUUCAAAUAAUUCCUUUGUCAACAGAUUCUGAAUCUUGUUUGAAUGCAUCAGAUGAUGUUUCCAAUGAUAACAAGAUGACAAAAUAUGAUGCAAGCAUCUUAGACGUCCAUCUGCAGAAUAGUGAUCAAUCAGAUCCAAAAUGUGAGAUGCAAGAAUCUUCUCCCGCUGAGAUAAAAAAGACAGAUUUGGUUGAUGUUAUGGAAGAGUCACAAAAUGAGGAAGUACAAAAUGAGGUGAUGGAGGUGGAUUAUUUUCUCAAAAAAGAGGAAACAGGAAUUGUUCAGGAAGCACCUGAUUGCGAAAAGUUUUCCAGCAUGCAACCUGAAACAGAGGUGAAACUUAUUUCAAGAAAGGCAAGUAAUCCUGCUUUCAUUGCUGCACAGUCAAAAUUUGAAGAACUGAGCUUGGCUGCCCCAUCUGCAAAACUAGACACUUCCUCAGGUCAGGAUCCUGGAAUUGAAUCUAGUUUGGACAAGGUUUCUUCUGCAAAUCAAGAUCAACUAUUCAGGUCUGGGGACAAAGACAGUGGAGUAGUUGGCCACCCCACUUCCAAUGCUUCCGCAGUUCAACUAGGUAGCUCUGAGUAUGGGACUGAACUUUCCACGUAUUCAACUCUAGAUUCACCAGAUAGGUCAGAAGAGGCUAGAGUCAGGGACAGUGAAACGAAAAGAAACGUUUCAGAUGAGACUGAUGCCCCAAGAAAUGGAGAGAAUUUAAAACUUGAGGCUAAAUCUGUUGUUCUGGAAACUGAUCCUUCAUCCAAUAACACUACCAAGUUGGAGAGAAAUGGAAGUGUUGACUCAGUUUCUGAAGAAUCUCUUAAUUCUUGCGUACCAGCAGAUACACCACAGCUGGAAAAGCCAGAAGAUCUGAAACAAUCUGAAACAAGCCACCGGGGAAACAAAUCAUCACCUGAAGCUUCUCCCAGAAAAAAUGGAGCUACCCCUGAACUUCUAGCAACCCCUUCCAGCCAAGGGUCUGUUAAACGGAAGAAAAGUAAAGGUGAAAAAAGUCAGUCCAAUCGCAAGAGUAAGCCUUUAUCAGAUGAUAAAAAUCCCUCAAAUCAUACUCCAGGCUCUGCUUCUAGAAGUAGCUUGGAUCAGUUACAGGAGCAUAAAUCAGGAAAUAGGCGAAACUCCAUCUGGUUCGCAAAACCGGAUCAUAAGGAACAGGAUCCAAGAGAUAGUAGUAGCAGGAAUUCUCUACCAAGCUACAUGCAAGCUACUGAAUCUGCAAGAGCCAAGACUACAGCAAAUGGUUCUCCAAGAUCAAGUCCUGAUGUCCAUGACAAGGAGAUCUACAUAAAGAAGAGACACUCACUACCUGGUACUGAUGAAAGGCAAGGAUCUCCUCGUAUUCAUCGUUCACUGUCACAAACACAACAGAACACAAAGGGAAAUGCAAGCCAUUCUCCUCAAGGUAUUGUUAAUAUUCAUGCCAGUUGCGAUAUUACUAGUUUUCCUCAGGCUGGAAAGCAUUCUCAGGUCUCAUUAGAUUGCUCAUAUUUUAAGUUUCUAGUUAUGCCAACAACCUAG